AUGGUGAAGUGCAUUAAAUGCAACAAGUUAAUAACUAAAAAUUUGCCUGGAUUACAGUGCAUUACGUGUAAUAAAUGGACGCACGGAAAAUGCGCCAACUUAACUAACGAACAGUUAAAUGUUCUUUUCUCGACCGAAUCUGCGGAUUGGAAGUGCCGUAAUUGUUCCGGGCCAAAAUCUAAACCGAAGCGGUUAUCGUUUAUUAUGCCCGACGCCGAAGAAGACGAUAUCUCCGACUCCGAAGACCAAAUCAAAUCGGGUCUCAAGAAGAACAUUUUAAACGAAAUCAAAAUAGAAAUACGGGAUAUUAUUAGAACGGAGAUGCAAAGUGUCAUGCAAUUUUAUAUAGAAAAAAUGGAUGAGUACGAGCACAAGUUUAAAACAUACGAAAACCAAAUACGUGAUCUUACUAAUUCCAAUAAAAAUACAAAAUUAAAAUACGAUGCAUUGCAACAAAAAAUAAACAAUAUGGAACAAAAACUGCUCUGUAAUCAAGUGGAAAUACACGGUAUUCAAGAAGAGGAAAAUGAAAAUAUAUUAGAAAUAUGCAAGAAUUUUUGUAAUAUAGUUAAAGUACCGCACGGGAGUGUUAUUAAGGCGUAUAGAAAGAAGUCUAGGAGAAAUCGAUCCGACAAGAAAGCGACAUCCCCAAUUGUGGUAGUUCUUUCCGACGAAGAUAAAAGGGAUAACUGGAUGAAAGCAUCAAAAAAAAUUAGUAUUACCUCGAAAGAUUUAGGAUUGCAAGGUGAUGGUAAGAUUAGAAACUUUGAAGCCCUAACACCUACCAACUCUUUUCUACUAUGGAAGGCAAAAUCCAGCCUCCAUGAGACUGGAUUGUGUAAAUAUGUUUGGUGUAAGAAAGGAGUGAUAAGAGUUAAAAGAGAGGAAGGAGACAGAACCUUUAUCGUGCGAUCAGAAGAAGACAUAGAAAAAAUAAUUUGUGAAUAUAGUGAACUGAAUUGUAUAGAGAAGGAAGACGAGGAGUAA